AUUAUUUCUUAGUGAAUUAUAAGAAUUAAAAUAAAUAUAUUCUCAUAUAUUUACAACAUUUAAUCUUGUCGUUAUGACAAAUAAAUAGGAAAUGAUAAGUAUCGACGUCGAUACUGUCGAUACUAUCGACUUUCCCAAUCCCGCGGACUUGUUUACGCGAUAUCGCCGGCGCCAUGUUAUAACGGUGCCUCGGCCCGGAGAAGAGAUCAAACUGCAGCGCGGUGCGCACGUCGCUCGUGCACAGAUAUGGGCCGCGCCCUUGAAUCGUCAUGUGUGAAUUUUUAAUAGUUAUAUGAAACCUAAAAUACAUAGUUAAUUUAUAAAAGGUGCAUCUCGUUUGUUACGACACUUCAUUACAAAUCAAGUGCAUAUAUUCCCCCACUUUGGGGACUACUCGACGGGCUCACUACUAUCACGCCCGCAAACCUUCACCCUGCCUGGACGCCUCUGCCCGCUCGCGUCGAACGCCGCGUCACACGCCACUACCGACGCCAGGACGCCAGGACAGUAACGCUCAGCUACGCUGCGAUCCAUUUGCCAUCACCACCGUAGGCCUACGACCCACGUCCCUAAAUAGACCUAAUAAAUAGAUUUAACACUUUGUAGCCUAGACUUCUUUCUCAGAACUGCCCUAGAUACCUAUCGCUACAAGUGGCGCCUUCAACUUGGUAUCAAGGUGGUUUCUGUGGUAUUUUGGAUCGUUGAGUAGUUUGUUUUGUGUGCGUGUUGUUUUGUGAAGUCUUGUUUUUUAUUUUAAAUUGUGCUUAACAACUUGGGUCUAGAGAUUGGACACGGCAGUUAUCGAUAUCGAUAAAACCGAUAUUUUGUAACAAUACUUUAGACACUAGUUGUAUUUUGUUUUGCCUUUCUGUAACUUAUUUUUCUCUCAAUCACCAUCCGUUUUCUUAUCUUAUCUUUCGGUGCUAUACGAUUUAUUUUCUUUUUCUCCUACUUCCUCCUAUCUUAUUUUAUAUUAAUAAAAACAAGUCACUACUUUCACUUUCGCUCUCUCUGUAACAGAACGGAGUAGUUUAGAAAAACCCUAAUAAUUAUACGUGUGCAAACUUACCCAAACGUUGUAAAAUACAUUCUACAUCAUGACAUCGGAAAUAAAAUUCAUGUCACUUCAAAAGGCGGAGCUUGCGUAUGAAGUAGAGAUUAGAGGGGAAUCCCCCGCUGAUAAUGUGAUGGAUUUACGUAAACAAAUUACGAAACUCGUGCGGCUUUAUCCUUCUGAUGAUAUUUUAUUGUCACCAUUUGAUCCUGCAGUAGAUGCAGCGGCAGUGGAGGAAAGCUUGUCAAAAAUAGCUAAAAACAUAAAGUGUUUAAAUGAAAACUUUGACAAAAACCUUUUAGCUCGAACUAAAAAUACAAUGAAUCACAUUUUCCAUCGCUUGAACCGGAUUGAUUGCUCAUCUCAGCCAGAUUCAUUAACCGCGUGCAACGAAUGCUUUAAACUAUUCCAAACUUGCAAAUCAGCCUUAAACAACUUUGAUACUAUUGCUGCGGGUUCCACUUCCGAAGAUACUCCGAGUCUCAUUACGGUAAAUUGUGAGCGUGGUUUGUCCUCGGAGUUGUCAAAACUAAAAUUUAAUGGAAAAACGUGCGUAAGGUCCUUCAUCCGCAGUGCAUCUGAUUUUAUCAAGGCCAGGUCGCUAUCCUCAAGCAAAGUUUUAUCUUUCGCAACCGAGAUAUUCACCGAUGAUGCCCUACAUUGGUUUAGAAGUAUAAGAGAUCAAGUUGAUUCAUGGGAAGAUGUCUGUGUUAGGCUCAAGGAGGCCUUCAGUACUCCGAACUAUGAUUAUCGCUUCAAGGACGAAAUCAAGGCACGUACACAGGGCCCGCGGGAAAAUAUUACAAUCUACCUUUCAAUAAUGUCGGGCAUGUUUUCACAACUUGAUAAACCUCUGCCGGAAGAAGAAAAGUUACAGAUAUUGCUUCACAAUAUUCGUCCUUGCUACGCCAACGUGCUCACUUCUUGCUCGGAAAUAAAAGAUGUACAACAAUUGCAGUCCGUGUGUAAGAACUACGAAAAUGUUCAGUCUCGUAUGGCUCAAUAUCGAGAGCCCCCCAAAGCCACGUCUGAGACCCUAGCCCCGGACUUUGCUUAUUCUCACGCCUCUACUUCUACUAACGCGUCAAAUAAACCAUUUUUACAGAGACAGCCUUUUGUAAAAAAUUACGACUAUAAGUCUCGAUUCUCUAACUACGCAAAUAAGCCUAAUACUAUUACGAAUAUUACUCCUGUCGACGCAGUUGCUGCCGCUACACCAGUUUAUGCAAUCAAUGCUAGGCCGAAAUUUUGCCCUCGCUGUCGCGUCAACACUCACUCGUUGAGGAACUGCACCGCAGAACGUGUUAUUGUAUGUUUUCGUUGCGGUCACCCAGGAGUUAAGUUUCACGACUGCCCUGAUUGUCAGAAACAAUUAUCUUCCUCUACACAGGAACAAAAAACGCAUGAAGCAGAAUUGUAG